AUGGAUUUAACCGACCGUCGCUCAACCUUUAAUGAAUAUGACUGUAAUAGUGCCAUCGGCAGCCCGGGGAGUGUUUCUAGCCAAAAGAAGACGAUUUCCGACAAAACAUAUGUUUACAAAAAGCCACAAGGGCGCGGUAAAACGCUUCAAAGGUCGGUGAAGGCCAGUUCUUCGAGGAGCGAUGAUCUCGAGUUACUUCCAGCGCCAUCUUUUUCUUCUUGGAUUUGUGACGAAACAGAUGCUGCCCGGGCUCAUGCCCUCACGCUUCCUGGCUCCAGCAAGGGCCUGGAGAUCCCGAUGGAUAGCUCCCAGGAACUGAUUCCGCAUCGCGAGGUCAUGUCUCCAUCAGACCCCGUUUUCGAUGUUAUCAUCUCUUCAAUGACCACUCUGUUGGACCACGACAAUUUCUCGAUAUUACCGAGAAAGCCGAUCAUUCCGAGCGCUGAACACAGGCCCAAGCUCAAUCUCAGCUCGAAAGUGAUUUGUUUUGAUAGGCCUCUUGCACCUCAGUCCGGUCCACGCAUCGGCGAGCCAAGCGCUUCCACUCGUACUCACAAUUCAAUGCACAAAUCUUGGACAGAAAUGGAUUCAAUCGACGCCGCGCUCCAAACGCUUCGAAUCAACGAGGAGCCGGGAGUGGCGUCGAGCCAAAACGAAGUGCAAACAAAAAGCGAGCAGAAACGAGAUUUGUGUGGAAUUUCG